GACCAAUGAGGCGUCUCCAAGGUGAUGUCAUGGACGCAGCACUGACGCUGUUGCUGAUGCUGUUGCCCGGCACCUGCAUCCACAUAGGCAGUCGGGGGGCAAGCCAAGUCAGCGGUCCACCAGCAGCAGAGACAACAGGGACAGAGGGGGGAGCGAACAGGAUCCUCAGCAUCCCCAGAGAGAAACACUCGCAGCGAGAAGAUGACUCUGGCAGCCUAUAAAGAGAAGGUCAAAGAGCUCCCCCUGGUGUCUCUGUUCUGCGCCUGUUUCAACCCUCAGACGGCAGAAAAGGCCACGUACAAAGCAGAAGAUGCGGUGGACCUGGGUUGGUGUGCCAUUAAAGAUGUAGAGGUGAUCGAGCUCAACAAGAGGACAUCGGGUCAGGCCUUUGAGGUCAUCCUCAAGCCCCCGUCCUUCGACGCCCUGCCGGAACUCAACACCUCCAUGCCGCAGCGCCGUGACCCCUCUCUGGAGGAGAUCCAAAAGAAGCUGGAGGCCGCUGAGGAGAGGCGAAAGUGCCAGGAAGCUGAGCUGCUGAAGCAUUUGGCCGAGAAAAGGGAACAUGAGCGCGAGGUGAUCCAGAAGGCCUACGCUGAAAACAACAACUUCAUCAAGAAUGCCAAAGAGAAGCUGGAGCAGAAGAUGGAGGCCAACAAGGAGAACAGGGAGGCCCUUCUGGCCGCCAUGCUGGAGAGGCUGCAGGAGAAGGAUAAACACGCAGAGGAGGUGAGGAAGAACAAGGAGAUGAAGGAGGAGGCCUGUCGGUAGAUCAGAGGAGGUGAGGGAGCUGAAAGAGAGAAACCAAGACUGGAGGGUCUUCAUUCUUUCUCUCUUUUUUGGAGUCUGGUUUAAAAAAAUAAAAAAUGUAUCAAAACAGUGCAAAAAAAAAUGUGGAAGAAAUACUUGACAGCAACAUCAAAUAAUUUGAAAAAGCAGAUUUUAUAUUUGAUGUGAGGUUGGAAUUCCGAAGGAGAAGUUUGUCCUGCUCUCCAUGUGAACUUUUUUUCUUUUCUAUGAAGACAUUCGGUGGGGAAAUGUGACGGAACCAACAAAACUUGCAGCACUUCACCACUAUGAUGGUUUAGAUCAGUCAAACAGCAGGACGUUCUAACAAUAGAUAGUUUAUUAAAAGACACCCAAACCAUCCUGAAAAACGUCAAUCUAAAGCUACGUUCUCACCGGGACCAUAAAGUUGCAUUUAGCACCUUGUUAAACACGCAUUUCACUCUGUACAAGCAAGGACGGGAUUUCUUCUUCUAUUCCUUUUACUGCUGUUUGCUAGUGCAUGUCCGCCACCUACAGGUUUGGUGCGAAAUGUCAAAGUGGUGCAAAUCUCCCAAGUCUUGCUCCAGGCUUUGUCUUUUGUAGCUCUAUUCCAAAUAUCAAAGAUUUGGUGUCAUAUAAUUCUGUCCGGAAUCAUCACCUCCAUGACUAUAGAGGGACGUCAUCCAUUUGUAACGACCAAAUUGAGUCCCUGAUUGGUCAAAUUCAACCUGGUUUGUAAAAACAGCCAAAAAAGAUUGUAGAAACUUGUGUAGCUGUGUGUAAAUGCAAAAGCUUCGAACAUGGAAGCCAGAAACACGAGUUUACAUAGACUUUUCACUUUAAGUGGCUGCUCCAAGGUUGUGUGAACGUAGCUUUGCGGUUCUAAUUAAGGCCAAGACUCCAACCACAAUUUAAAGCCAGCUUUUUUUUUUUAGCGCUCAUAUUUCUUCACAACUCCUCCACUUUUAGAAUCUUUGUAAAUAAUAAAAUAUCACAACAUGCAGAAUUAUGUUUUUUUGUUUUACUUUUUUUUUUUUUUGGUUUAUAGACAAAAUAAAUAUUGUUCUUUUGCUAUUUCCGUCAUUUUCAUGCUCUGUGUGAACCUGUAGUCGUGCUGUAGUAGAUCUGUGACAUGCAUUUGGAUUUUUCGGAUUUUUGCACUGUUUGCACUCUGUUUCUGUUUCAUGAAGCACAACUCAAAAGCACAUGUGCAUCCAAGAGUCAGCAUAAACAGCGAAAAAACAAAUAAACAAACAGUAAGAGCAUGGAGAGGAGAGAGAAUGCAGAACCUGGAAAGAGUCUCAGUAGGUCAGACUGUGAAAGCAGAUUUUCUCUCUGAGGGAUGUGCAGAAAGAUGAAAUGUGCCCGAGUUGAUACUGACUUCAUAUUGAAUUAACCAUCGGAUCAAUGCACUGUAAGAGUUGGGUAAAGCUGGAACGGGGGGUUUGUACUCGCUGUAAAGUGUGUUGCUGUAUCUUAAAGGUUUGAUUGUAUUUGUUUGGCAUGAUCAGUAAAAAAAAUCUUAAUUCA